GUGGUUGAGUCGGCAUAUGAAAUAGCUUACAUCUAACUUUCUGGAUUUCGCUGCAUGGUACUGCACUUACCCGAACACAUCAAAAUGAUGCUACAAAGGCAGAGUUUAUGGGAAGGUGAUAUACUUUAGAUACAUUCUGGUUGAGUCGAGUUCAGUCCUUGUUUAUUCGUUCGAUUUUGGAGGAGGUGAUGGGUAAAAUACAUAUGGCUGAUGGUCAAACUUGAUGCAUCAUAGCGCAGUCAGGUGCUCGUAGAAGUAACAACUGUGUGCCCGGAAACCUAUAUCAGAUGCUACAGUACAUGUGAAUGGUUCGAUGUUGGUACGUACUCGGUGCUAUAGGAUCGAACUUGUCGAUGCUUUCAAUAAGAGGUACGUGCCAUCUUGUUCUUGGAGAUAGGCGUGCUCGCCCUUCAAGAGUCAGGUUUAUAAUUCUUGAAUACGUGGGUUGGCAGUCGAUGCAGAGAGAGAGAGAGAUGUAUCUGGUUCCCUCCUGAGGGGCGUAUCUACGAUGGGAAUCAUGGAACGAGACCCAAGGACAAGAAAAGCAUAGCGCAGGGACGUAGACGUAGAGGAACAGUGAGGAAAGAGAGAGACUGUAGCCUUCUCUCUCUAGCUGAUGUUUUGUAUUUUAUUGCUAUUCUGUCGACACAUAAAUAAAUACUCCAGGCAGAAGGCCAAGCCCAUGACGCUGCUGGUUUUAACCUUCCCACCACCUCGUUCUUGGGUUUCCGACGGGAAGGAGGCAAGGCUAAGGGCGUUGGAGUCUGAGCAGCCGAUGAGAGUGUGUGAUCUCCGUAGUUCUCGUCAUCGUUGCUUUUCUCGGUGUCUGUGAUGGAGAUGAGGAGCUGGCUUGGCUUCUCUUUGUCCUCCAGCAGGGGGGAGAGCUCCUGCUGCCGUGAAGAGGAUGAGUUUGGAGGUGUGGGAGAGGGUGGUGGUGGUGAUAGAGAUGAAGUGGGGUUUCUGCCGUCUGAUGCCUCCGUCUGCCUCAUGGAACCACCUUUGAGGGCUUCUACUUGUGCUUCAGACUGGAGACACAGUGCAAUUGCCACCACCACCAGCUGCUCCAAUCCUGAAGAGCAAGGUCCAAAGUUUGAGGAUUUCUUGGGUGGCUACUCUGAGAACCUCAAUGAAGAGAAUCAAAACCUGCACCAACCUAUUUACCACUUCCAUGACAUGUAUUACCACAGCUCUGUUGGCCCUGGAAUUAAUGUCAACAUGCCCCCCUCCUUCAGUCCUGCGGAGGGAGGAACAGGGGAAGAUAUCCAAGUCCCAUACCACCAUAUACAUUCCUUCCACCACAAUCACUUAUUUCAGGAUCCCAAUGCCAUCAAGCCUCCUUUCUUCAUGACUGAUCCUAACCAAAACUUUACCGCAAGUGCUAUCUACAAUUUAGGAAUGGAUGGUUCAACCUCUAUUUCCGGCAUGAAAUCAUGGCUCCGACAAAACCAGCAUAUUCCGGAGAAGCAACCGGUCGAAGCAUAUGAGUGUAACAUCCAAUCGUUGAGCCUCUCAAUGGGUCCUGUGUCACAAUCUGUGCCUCUCAAAAUUGUUCCGAUGGCUUCUCCACUAGAGGCUGCUGAUGAUCCCAAGUGCUUAAAUGCUGAAUCAGCAGAUAGAGAACCAGUUCCUCGCAAGUCGAUCGAAACCUUCGGGCAAAGAACCUCACAGUACAGGGGAGUGACAAGGCAUAGAUGGACCGGAAGAUAUGAAGCCCACCUCUGGGAUAACAGCUGUAGGAAGGAAGGACAGAAAAGAAAAGGAAGGCAAGUAUAUUUAGGGGGUUAUGAUAAGGAAGAGAAGGCUGCAAGAGCAUAUGAUUUGGCUGCGCUUAAAUACUGGGGACCAACAACUCAUACAAAUUUUCCACUGAGCAGCUACCAGAAGGAUCUGGAAGAGAUGAAGGACAUGACUAGACAAGAAUUUGUAGCCAAUUUACGAAGAAAGAGCAGUGGGUUUUCAAGAGGGGCAUCUGUUUACAGAGGGGUGACAAGGCACCACCAGCAUGGUAGAUGGCAAGCUAGAAUUGGCAGAGUGGCCGGAAACAAGGACUUGUACCUUGGCACAUUCAGCACACAAGAGGAAGCUGCAGAAGCCUACGAUAUUGCAGCAAUCAAGUUCCGGGGCCUGAAUGCAGUGACAAACUUUGACAUGAGCAAGUACGAUGUGAAACACAUUUGCUCAAGCUCCCAUCUCUUCGGAGGUGAUCUUGGGAAAAGAUCACCAAAGUCUACACCCACAGCUUCGGCGUCAGCUAACAUGAACCAACCAACUUCUCUCGUCGUCGCAAACUCCGAAGAUUUUUCCAACAUGCUAUCUAAUUCCAAGUCUGAUAGUACUUCAAACAGAGUACCUGCCGAUGCUGUAUCUUUGAUUUCAUCUUCAAUAACCAAUCCAAACCUUUGGACGGAAAGCCAGGGAGCGGAAGGAACCAUAAUUCCUACCACAGCAUGCAUGGGGACGUUUCUCAGGCAUUCUUUUGCCCUUCUGCAGUGAGGUGAGUGUGGGGAUAGCAGCAGUGGAGCAUGAACUGGAUGGUGCAUGGCAGCAGCUCAGAUGAGAGAUAUACGGGCAGUGAAUGAGCUUCCAAAUCUUUUUACCAGUUGAAUGAUUUGAAGAAAAGCUUAAAUAUGCUUCCAAUUAUGUAUCGUCAACUUUCAGAGAUUGAUGGCAGCAAUUUUGCAGUUGUAGCUCAGCUGUGUAUGUCUACUUGUAUGACUCUUUUGUUGGCAUUUGAUUGCUGAAGCUGCUAAUAAUACAUGCUCUUAA